AUGGCUAAACCAUUCCCUGUUGAUCAUAGCUUGACAUCUUUCUGGCGGUCGGAACCCGAUCCCUUGGAUAACUUUCGCUCUACAGAGUCACUUCCAGAAACAAGUGAAAUCGUUAUCGUUGGCGCCGGCUAUGCUGGAGCUUCGACUGCUUAUCACUGCCUCGAGCGCAGCCGACUCGUGUCAGCAAAACAGCCUUCCAUUGUGAUCUUAGAAGCACGACAGGCAUGCUCGGGGGCUACAGGGCGCAAUGGUGGUCACUUGAAGCCUGAUGUAUUCAACCGGAUCGGUAAUCUGGCCAAGGAGUACGGAUUAGAAGCGGCGGCUGAAGUCGCUGCGUUUGAGAUGGAGCAUGUCUCCGUUAUUGAAGAUCUGGUUAAGAAGGAGAAGAUCGAUUGCGACUUAGAGGUUAACCGAGUCUGCGAUAUACAGUUUGACAAAGACCAGCUUGCAAAGGUCAAGGCCGGGUAUGAUUAUCUUGUCUCUCAGGGCGUGGAAACGAUCAAGGAUGUCGGAUACACUCCACCUGAAAUGGCAGAGGCCGUAUCCGGUGUAAAGGGGGCCUUGGCUUGCUUCAACCAGCGUACCGCCCGACUUUGGCCGUAUAAGUUCAUUAUGCAUCUCUUGAGGCAAGCUGUGUCGGCGGGAGUGAACCUUCAGACACACACGCCUGUCACGGAAGUGUCUGAAGUCCCGGAUGACGAAGGCCGAUGGACGGUGACCACUAAGCGUGGCUCAAUUCGCGCCAAAUGGGUUGUCUUUUCUACCAACGCAUACACUUCGUCCAUUGCACCGGAGUACAAGGACAAGAUCAUCCCAGUGCGAGGAUUCUGCAGCCGCAUUGUGGUACCCAAUCCACCUCCAUCGCCGCUCGAACACUCGUAUAUGUUGCGAUUCAAUGGCUGGCAUUACGACUACCUCAUUCCUCGGCCGGAUGGAAGUAUCAUUGUAGGCGGAGCAAAGUCGACCUUCUAUUAUCAGGACCGAGAUAGCUGGUAUAACAAUACCGAUGACAGCCGAACGGUUGAGGCGGCAGUGCGGUAUUUCGACAACUAUAUGCAGAGACACUUUCAUGGGUGGGAAAACACCGGGGCAUUUACAGACCGGGUCUGGUCAGGAAUCAUGGGCUAUAGCACCGAUUCGUUACCGCACGUCGGACAUGUUCCCAACAAGCCUGGGCAGCUCAUAGUUGCCGGCUUCACCGGACAUGGAAUGCCGCAGGUCUUUCUUUCAGCCCGGGGUAUCGCACAGUUGAUUGUCGAGGGAGUCUCAUAUGAGCAGACGGGGCUGCCGCGUCUGUUCAAGACGACAACGGAGCGGUUGCAGAGCCAACGGAACAACAUCCUACCCAUUCCUGUGGUAGGAAGCAAGCUGUAG